CGCUCUCGUUGUGUAAAAGCCAAUAACAAGCUAAAAAUAAAUUUGCUACCAAGUACCAGCAAUUCUGAAAAUUAUAUACUUUUGGUUAUUUGUGAUGUUCCCGCAUCCCAUCAGCGCGGAAGAAGAACAGAAGACGAAUUUACUAUCGAGUGUGAAUCUUCUACACUCAAAGAGAAAAGGAAUAUUUAUACACCCGACUGCUAUGUACAGAAGUAGUGUACCGUGCUGCUCAAAUACAACGGUUUCAAUAAUACCGAGAAGUUUACGCGGGUAAGGUGGUAUAAGACACUUCAGAGAAAAUGAAACUCUUGGAGAGUGGACGUUUGGAGGCACUAAGCAACGCACUGUCGAUCUUGAAUGGCGACAGUGCCUUGCAGGCCCGUGUCGAAAGCUACAGCUGCAAGAUGGCUGGUGCUGAGAAGGCAUUCUACAAGCGAUUUACUGCAGAUGGGGAAACCACCCACAACCUACAAGCUCUCUCACCACCCGAGGGACUUACAUACAGCCGCAGCUUGUCUGGAGAUGAAGGCAUUCUGUGUGAUACCAUAUCACGGAAGACCCUCUUUUAUUUGAUAGCCACACUGAAUGCUGCCUUUCCUGAUUAUGAUUUUUCGAUGGCAAAGAGUAGUGAAUUUAGUGCUGAGCCAUCUUUAAGUUGGGUUCAGGGAGCUGUUGAUAGUGCACUCUCGGCCGUGGGCGGCGUACGCUGGCGUCAACUGCGUCCAGUACUGUGGGCUGCUGUUAACGAGGAAGUGAUUCUGCCUGAAUGCAGAAUUUACAGCUAUAACCCAGACUUGGCCAGUGACCCGUUUGGUGAGCCUGGCUGCCUCUGGACUUUCAACUACUUCUUUUAUAACAAGAAGUUGAAGCGUAUUGUUUUCUUUACUUGCAGAGCCAUGAGCCCUGUGUGUGCUGUGGACUCAGGAGUAGAUUUUGCGAUGGAUGAAGAUGAAGAAUAUAACUGAACAAAAUGAUCUUUAAAACAAAAUAACCCAUCUCAUAUUAAUAUCAAAAAAAUAAUAUUACAUCAAACCUCUUUCAGGUUUUUAAAUAUGAUUGCCUAAAUUACAGAUCUCAUUUUAUACAAACCAAACUUCAAAUUACAAC